AUGGAGAAGCUUGAAGAAUUGAAAGCUAAGAUUAAGCAGAGGGGCGUAGAUAGUAUUUUGGACUCAGAUGACUCGGAGGAUCCGGUUCUUGAGCCCUUUUACCCGCCAAAGGAUUUACCAAAGACCCCAAGGGUAAAAUGGGAGUAUUAUGGUAAACCAAUCUUGGAUAUCAGAAAAGUACCAGAGGGGUGGACUGAUGAAGAGCCUGAUCUUGACACUGAAUACGAAAAUAUGGCUGACCAUUACUAUAGUGACCUUGAUGCUCAUAUUGAACGACGUCACGAGAGGCUUCGUGAGAAUGACAUGCCUCUGAUCUUUGAGGACAGGUUGAGUUAUUUGCUGAAGGUCCAAACAAGAUUGAUGAAAAAAUGGCCGAGACUGAGUUAUCCUGCUGCACUCCGACUGGAAGACUUAAUUUUUAUUCAAAAUCAUAUCAACGAAAUCGGUGACCCAAACAAACUUGCCUCCACUGUGAAGGCUAUUAUCUUCGCCUAUAAGUCCGGAAUUCUUGAAUGGAACCAAGGCCAGGUAGCAUAUUGGUCGCAUGGAAUGCAACUCUGUGCUCCCCGACUUUUUUCCUGGGAGGAAUUCGGCCAGGUCAAUCAUAAACACAAUGAGUGGGAAGGCUUUUGGGUGGAAGGAGCUGCAUUGGCCAUCCAAUACCCUAGGUUUAUUACAAGGGAGGAUGCUCCUUACAUGACAGAUGUAACUGGAUUUUCCACAGUUCCUGUCGACCCACAACCAAUGGAUGUACCCCGGGGUGGCGAAGAACCACCGACAGCUGAGAAUAAAAGAGUCACACUAUACCCACGCACUGACCGUGCAGGGCGUGAUGAAGCGCAAACAGAAGGGCCCGAACCAUACCCGGCACUCACUUUCUGGCUUGACGAUGACACCGGAAGUGAUACUAUGGUGCUUCAGCCGCGUGAUCUUGAUUUGAUACGAGCUAAUAUUGAGAGAGGGGGACUACCGCGUCCGCCACCGGCCCCUCUUUUGGGUACGGCCCGGUUUAACACAGCCGAUGGAGAAUCAGUUGUUAACGAUAUAAGAACACUUGAAGUCAAUAUGUUUGAUAAAAAGGGAAAUUCAAUGUCACCCGUGUGGGACUGGAUAGAAUGUGCCGUAUCAACGGCGGAUCUGGAUCAUGUUCGACCCUUGAGGCUGUCAGGGCCGUGGGUUAGGCACAGAUUUUAUACCGGAACGAGCCCAGAUGGCACAGGCCGGCUUUAUGUUCAUGAUAGACUGCGAGGUUUUGCAAGAAUUAACAGAGUGCAUAUUGGAGAAUCGGGCCUACUCCCACGACAUCAGUAUCCCCCGCUUGAGCUCGGAGAUGACAGCCAGCAAAUGAUACGACACGUAGCAGAUGAACAGAAUCGAGCUUCGUCACCGCAACCCAUGGAAGACAAGCGUGAAUUCCAGCUGCCGCUCAGAUUGAAGCAGGCUGAAGAGGAAAGAAAAGAUAGAGAGGCCAAAGACGCUGAGGAUUCUAGAAUUGCAAAACAUAUUUGA